AUGGCGGUCGACAGUGUCGAGUGGGAACCUGGACCUGGAGCUGGGAUGUCGAUCCGGGAUGGAGGGGCAGUGCUAGUGCUAUUUCUGACGCGGCUAUUGUCUGGCGAUGUUGUUGAUAUUCUGGCAUCAACUUGGUACGUUUGUCAUCUAGGCAUCUGUAUCAAAAAGCAAGUCCAGGCUGAAAUGGGCGGGGGCUCACUUAGCGUGGAUCGUAAACCGAUGUGGUCCGUUCAGCAACCCCACCUUCGACAAAGGGUACAUACUGAGCCAAAUCACCUCGCAAACUCAACAAAAGUUGUCGCUUUCCUAGCUCAAUUUGACUACAUCCCAAUAAUGCUGAGUGGUCUCAACCCGACUAACAAUGCUUGCAACAACGUUCCAUACAUUCACUUUCAGGUCGAUGUAGUAUUUGAAUCCAUCAGUCACUCAGCCAACUAUGAGAAGACGCCUAUUCUAAGGAAGUGCCUUGACUACUACGCCCUAAUCGACACCCGCACCAAAAUGUUUGGAACCCAAGACAGAGAGCACCUACUGAGCUCUCCCCGCCGGCGAGGUCACUCAAUACAAUUUUCCUACCUAGCAUUCAAAGAGCUUCCAGCUCCUGUUGAUGUCCGGCGGCGAUGGGUGGUAGUCGUUCUCUUCAAUGCCGACAUGGGCGCCAUGGAGAUAUAA